UUUCAUUGUAAAAUUCGUAAUUUUUCGGAAUCAAUGAAUGAAUGAAUAAAAAUGCACAAGACUUUCAUUCAAAUUAGAUUACUGGAAUAAAGAAAUUUCAGUCGUAAACUUUUUUUCAAAUUGCUCAUAGAGAGAUACGCACCAUAAAUCAGUAUAUAAAGAGUGUCAUUCAUAACGAUGAUAAGUGAUGGCCUUCUAUGUUAGUACCAAUCCAAUUUCUGCAUUAUCAUGAUAAUUAUCAUUAUUUUUAAUGUUUUUAGUGUGAUGAUAUUUACUUAUUUAUUAAAAAAAAAAAAACUAACUUCAAUUUCAGUUCAGAAUCAAUUUCAUAUUGCCAGAUCGAUCAAGAGUUAUACAGAAAAUUCGUGAAGACGUCAAAAAGUUUUUAACUUCAAUGCAUAAUACAUCAUUUAUUAUAAAUACAAGCUGCAUUUAUAUACAAAACUAUUUUGUGUAAUACAUAAGUCGAACAAAUUCUGUAUUGGAUGAAAAUAUUCAUAAUAAAUCGCUCAUCUUAUUCACGUUCGACAAUGUAUUUACAGUAGUAUGCAUUUGUAGCAUAUAGAAGUGGAGAGAAGGGAAGAUAUAUACGAUAUAACGAUGAUUUGACAUUUGUGCGUGUGAUCACUAAUCGGGCGAUAAGGGGAUCAAGGGUGAAUUAUCUUCGACUUUAUAAGUCAGCUGUACGAAGGAAAGAAGGCGGCAGUUGUAUUUUCAUUAACAAUCGAUCAACAGCUACAGGAUGACUGCUACGACAGCUCAACAAAACCAUGUUAAAUUGCUGGAUCCAUCGGAACAGUUUCGGCCCGAGCCGAUACAUGCUGGAAAAUUGCAGAGUGAAUUCCGCAAUUUCGAGGAAGAUUUCGAAGAUCCUAUCAAAGAACGUGUUCGCAAAACUUACGAGGCGAUGCAUACCAAUCAAACCGUCGAAUUCGUGAAAUCUCGCAUGAAAGAUUGGCUGCAGUUUAAUAAAUUCAAGAUGACGAUAAAGGAUGCCCUGCUGAAACUAAACGAUCUCAUAGACGAAAGCGAUCCGGACACUGAUCUGCCUAAUAUCGUUCAUGCAUUUCAAACUGCAGAGUCUAUCAGGAAGGAACAUCCAGAUCUGGAUUGGUUUCAUCUCACCGGCUUAAUUCACGAUCUUGGAAAGGUGAUGGCGUUUUAUGGAGAACCUCAAUGGGCAGUAGUGGGUGACACAUUCCCUGUUGGUUGUGCUUGGGGUGAUUCUAUCGCGUACAGAGCAACGAGUUUCGACAAUAAUCCCGAUGGCAAAGACUCUCGCUACAAUACAAAAUAUGGUAUGUACAAAGCCAAGUGCGGAAUAAGUAAUUUAAUGAUGUCGUGGGGCCACGACGAGUACUUGUAUCGUUUACUCGUACACAACAAGAGUAAAUUACCGGAUAAGGCUUUAGCUAUGAUCCGUUUUCACUCCUUUUAUCCUUGGCAUGCUGGCGGCGAUUACAUGUACUUCUGUACUCCGGAAGACAUCGAGAUGUUAAAAUGGGUCUUGGAAUUCAACAUCCCCCGGACAAUUCGCUUGCAAUCGUCAUGAAUUAUAUUUUCGUGACUGCAUGCAGUACAUAAAUAAAUUCUGACAAUCUGAGAGAAGGAAUAAGAGACGCGGCCUAAAAAAGUUGGACGACGAAGGAUGAACUUUGAG